GUAUUAACUGAGCUCUGGCGUCGCGCGCCUCAGUCUGUACUGCGCUUGCGCAUUAAAUAUUCGUUUUUCGUAUUAUCAUAAAUUCGCCGGUGACACGAAAUGACGCUAAAGUUGACACUUUCGCUCUUUGUGGCGCUGUUUGCGGUGACACAGGCUGCGAGUAUUUUAGAUUUAUUAGAUUGGGAUAAUGGAAAGAAGCUCAUUGAAGUGCCAGAGUUGAGAAACGAUCAGCCAAACAGAAAUUGCUUGUGCAAAGGACCCGCUUGUGUCUGUUGCGUCGACUUUAACAUUACCUUCGUCGAUCUUGGAGGACCUGGAUGUGUUCAUAUGAAAUACUUAUCACCAGAUGAUGGAUUUUCAGUCAAUGUAUCGUACGGUAAAAACCUACUUCACAGCUCUAAAAUACAGGGAACAAAUCCAGCUCCAAUUUGUUUACAAGUAUUCGGCAAGUUCGCUCAAGUUUGCGCCAAGUUUAGUGAGCUAGCACCAACGUCAGAUGGUCUUCGAGGCUGUCUUGAACUUGAGCCCAAACUUUUAGGAGAAGCGCAAUUGGAAUUCCCUAUUGGCUGCUUUAAGUCUUCACCCGGAGGAAUGGAAAUGGAGGAUCCGCCCGAGAAGCCUGCUGAAGAGGUAACAACAGAGGCAUCUGCUACUGAAGAAACAACAUUCGAUGCUGAAUCUUUCCUCGAGAGCGUCUACCAAACCGCAGAGCAAGGAGUUGCCUUCCUCAGCAGCUUAUUAGAUAUACCAUCAAGAAGGAACCUCACAACUACGAUCAAGCCCCAAACACUUGAAGAACAAAAUCAAAGAAGAGUUUCUAAGACAUUGAAACACCCAAAUCAGCUGUGAUCAAGCAAUUCGCAUAACAAAGUACAAAUAAGCAUUUUCUAGCGUUAUUUUGCUUGCCAAGCACUGUUAGUUAUAUACUAUUUAUUACUUUAUGUUCACUACUAAUUUUAGAAAAUAAAUUUUAAUACUGCGUU